AUGAACAAGAAGUCAAAAUCGAGAUCUGGCACUCAAAUGGCAUUUAAAAUCAUGACGGCUCUCCCGCGGGCUGGCCCAGCGCCCUCGCCGCCCCCACCCAUACGGCCGACUUUCGCGGGCGCACGGGCGGGUGUGUUACGCCCCUACGGCCGCCCUAGCCCGGGCAUGGCACGGGGCACGGUUUCCUACACGCUCGCAGAUAAUAGGUCCCCACAGCCUCAGCUCCUCACAGCCGCAGCUCCCCACAGCAGCAGCUCCCUACAGCCUCAGCUCCCCACAGCAGCAGCUCCCUACAGCCUCAGCUCCCCACAGCCGCAACUCCCCACAGCCUCAGCUCCCCACAGCCGCAACUCCCCACAGCCGCAGCCCUCCAUAGCCCCACAGCCGCAGCCCCACAGCCCUCGCAAAGCCCCGGGAUCUUCGACAAUAACAUUUCAACAGGCAAGUUUGACAAACAACGAAAGAACAAGAACAAAAUACAAGCCAACUUCACGAAAAAAUGACUCAAAAACAGAAACGAGUGGGCCGACAUCAGCCAUUCUCACCAACAAUUAA